AUGUAUCCUAUCUAUAUAUUUUUCAUAUAUUCCACCUACAUUUUCAAUUUUCUCACACCGUUCACCGAUGAGACCCUUGAGUUUAACGAUAAAAUAUGGGACAAGUGUGGGAAGGAGCUCCGUGGUGACAGCUCCAGGGAUGGGAGACUAGUCUGCUACCGGCUCCACAAGCACCUUUUGAUUCGAAAAGUUGAAAUUCUAAGCUCCGAGCCCUUCAUCCUACAGUACCACAACCAGGUGCACCGGAGACUGGCAAAACGGGCUGUACAAGAGGCAGAAGCUCUGCGAUUAGAGCAACUCAAAAUCUCGGGUUUCACCACAACCCCCGAAAAGUCCCAAGUCCGAGCCGCCAACGGAACAUGGCUCAUCCACACAGGCCGUCCGAGCUUCGCACGGAUCUUUGAAGGACUUCAGGCUAACAUCAAUUCCCUGGAUUUGAGCACCGCGGAGCCCUGGCAGAUUUUGAGCUAUAACGCCGAUGGGUAUUAUGCUCCACAUUAUGAUUAUCUGAAUCCGGCGACAAAUGUGCAGCUGGUGGAAGGACGGGGGAAUCGGAUUGCUACUGUGUUGGUGAUUUUGCAAAUCGCGAAGAAGGGUGGAACUACCGUCUUCCCCCGGCUGAACCUGAACAUCCGACCUAAAGCCGGUGACGUCAUAGUUUGGCUGAACACUCUAUCAACUGGAGAAUCGAAUUCUCAGACGCUCCAUGCCGCCUGCCCAAUCCACGAAGGCACCAAGAUCGGUGCGACUUUAUGGGUCCACGAGAAGAAGCAGGAAUUUUCGCUUCCCUGUGCACUGACCAACAAACUCUACAACACAAAACACUUUUUCUCAUAAAAUCGUAUUUUUCGGGGCAAUAAA